AUGCUGGAAAGGGAGAAGAGCUUUUACGAGCAACGACCGAUGAAGGUUUUGUCCAGUCUAGUUGUGGAAAAGUACUCAGCCUUGCUGGAGGUCGAGCAAGAAGAACAGAUCCCGGCCGACGCCGACCACAGCAUGAUGUGCAAGUUCGAGGCGGACAGCGAAGGUAUCUUAGAGAAGGUGUGCAAGCGGAUCGGACGGAUAAGAAGGGGAGCAGGGACCCAAGCCACCGACCAGACGGUGUCAUACAACCAGCAUUUCGAAGUAUCGCACCUGCUCAGCCCAGCCUACACGGAACAAGACGAUAUCGGCCGGAGCCUGGAGUCGUCACUGGCUCUGACGGAGGCGCCUCGGCAGAAGGUACAGCGGCGGUUCGUGCUGUGGGGCCUAGGGGGCGCAGGCAAGACGCAGAUCUGCCUGAAAUACGCGCAGACGCAUCGUGAGAGAUACUGGGGCGUUUUUUGGAUCGACGCCAGCACGCGUGAUAGCAUCCAGCGCGGUCUGGUACAGAUCGCCCUUAUUCUCCAGAUCGACCAGGACACGGACAGCGUCAAGCGAGCGCUGGCCAAUGCGUCGAAGGCGUGGCUGCUAGUGUUCGACAAUGCAGACGAUCCAGACCUGGCUUUGAACCCCGUACUUCCCGGCGGGCGACCGAGGCAACAUAAUUAUCACCAGCCGCAAUCCAGAAUGUCGUCAGUACAGCAUAGUCGGACCCCGUGA